CAGGGGAGCAACAAGGAGCCAGACCACAAAGUUGUGACUGGACAACCAGUUCUAUCAGCGCACACCAUGGACACGGUUCUGGAGCAGUUCACAGGGCUGGAGUCAUUCCCUUCCCCUUACUUUGAUGAAGAAGACUUUUUCACUGAUCAGUCUUCUAGAGACCACCUGGACGCCGAUGACUUCUUGGAAGAAGAUGUGGACUUCCUGACCGGCCAGAUCCAAGAGUACUACAAGGACAGUCGGAUAAUGCAUGGGGAGGACUACGGAGACCCCGGCAACUUUUCCUUCUCCUCUUCUUCUUCAGGAGGCUUCCACUAUGACUGCGGGGAGGGAGCCUGCGAGCUGUCUCCUGGGAUGAAGGGAGUGAGUUCGGGUGUGAAGAGGAGAAGGAGGAUGAGGUCGGAUGCUGAGAUGCAGCAGCUCAGACAGGCGGCCAAUGUGAGGGAGCGGCGGAGGAUGCAGUCCAUCAAUGAUGCCUUUGAGGGGCUCAGAUCGCACAUCCCGACUCUGCCCUACGAAAAGAGACUUUCUAAGGUGGACACCCUGCGCCUGGCCAUCGGCUACAUCAACUUUCUGAGCGAGCUGGUGCAGUCCGACCUCCCUCUGCGGAAUCCCAACUCCGAGAGCUCGCACCAGCCUAAGAAAGUCAUCAUCUGUCACCGAGGCACAAGAUCACCAUCUCCCAGUGACCCAGAUUAUGGGCUUCCUCCGCUGGCUGGACAUUCACUCUCAUGGUCUGAUGAAAAGCAACUGAAAGAUCAAAACGUUAUCAGAACAGCUAAAGUAUGGACCCCAGAAGACCCCAGAAAAUUAAACAAAUCCCCAUUCAGCAACAUCGAGAAUGAGCCUCCUCUGACUCUCUGUCUGAAUAUUUAAAAGCAGCAUGCAGUAUUUCAUAUACUUGCAAAUAAUGUAUAUAACAUGUAAAUAUUUAUAUUGUAAAGUAAUUUAUAAUCUUUAUUACCCCUUUAUCAUCCGAAUGGCAAUCAGUUUGGUAUUUAUAUAUUUAUUACUCUUUUGUGGAGUUUAAAAAAUAACUGAAUUGGAAUAUAUAAUUUAUAUAAUUUAAUUGGAAAUAUGCAAUAACGGCACCUUUUCUGACUGCAAUUCUUAUAAUUUCAUCUAAUUUUUCAAGAUGUGGAUAUAAUUUAUUUUUUAAAUAUUUGAGUGAUUUUUCUACUGAAUAAAUGACUAAAUCUUUUUUGGAA